AUGCCACACCCCGGAGUGGCAGUCCCGGUGACUGGAGUUACGAUGCGCACGUUGCUGCUGCUGAGAUUGGUGUUUGUGGGAGUGGGCGUGCUAGUUACUGAUAUCUCUACGGCAACUACGUUACAAACUGAUAACAAUAUUGCUCAGGCUAGUAGUAAUUAUAUUGAAAGCAGUUCUGAUAGCGUUGAUGACAUGGAUCCCAACGAUAAGCAACGGAUAACAGCCAGUGUUGAGGCUAGUCUUCUUUCAUUGCUUGGAUUCUCCAAGAGGCCCAGACCUAAAGGCAAACCACAUGUCCCGGAGUCUCUCAAGAAAUUAUAUACCAAACAAAACUCUAUUUCAAGCUCUAAUAUUGCCAAAAAAGGAUUACACACCAGAUCGGCGAAUACUGUUCGGUCUUUUUCGCAUAUUGAAAGCCCACUGGAUGAAAAAUUCCAGUCGUCGAAUCGUUUCCGGCUGUCAUUCGACCUGAGCAGCAUCCCUCAAGAAGAAAUCCUAAAAGCCGCAGAAUUAAGCUUGACGCGAAUAGCACUGGAAUCUGGAUCAAAAAAAUUAGCCCGAAUCUUAGUGCACGACAUAAUCCGGCCAGGUGUAAAAGGCCAACACAAGCCUCUGCUGCGACUAAUCGACAGCCGGGUGAUCGACAUGACCAGUAAUUCCACAAUAAGUCUGGACGUGCACCCAGCAGUGUCUCGCUGGCUGCAAGACGGCAACAACCACGGCCUGCUGAUCCAGGUGAGCAGUAGAAAUAGAACCAGCGACUCGCACGUGAGACUGAAGCGCAGCGUCGACGAGUCCCACGACACGUGGUCCUCAUCCCGCCCGACAUUAUUCACCUACACCGACGACGGUCGCAGCAAGAUGGCCUCAGCCUCCGAGAUCAUGGACCGCCGGGCCCGACGAGCUGCUCUGCGAAAAAACAGACGCAAAGACGGCCGUGAAAAUUGCCGAAGACAUCCUCUGUACGUAGACUUCGUAGACGUCGGUUGGAACGACUGGAUCGUCGCUCCUCCAGGUUACGACGCUUUUUACUGCAACGGAGACUGUCCGUUUCCCCUGUCAGACCAUUUAAACUCGACGAACCACGCCAUCGUCCAGAAUCUCGUCUACUCGACGAAUCCCGCGAUGCUUCCUCGAGCCUGCUGCGUACCCACCGCACUUAGCUCCAUAUCGAUGUUGUACCUGGACGAAGAAAACAAGGUUGUGCUUAAAAAUUACCAAGACAUGGCAGUUAUUGGUUGCGGUUGUCGCUGA